UCUGACUGCAUUCAUUCAGCACACAAUUUAUGAGAUUUUCUGUGUCAGAUAUUAAAGUAGGCCUAUUAGGAUGCCUUCUGAGACUUUCUGAGGAGAAACAACCAAAUAGUUAAGCAGAAAAUACCAGAAACUACCAGAGGGUUGUGGGAGCUCAGCUGAGACUUGUCCAAGGCAUUUCAGAAGACUUCUGAAGAGUUGACAUAUUUGUAUACUGAAGAAGCUCUUGUUAGUGAGCCUAGAGAAAAUGUAAAAAUUGUGCAGGCAGUCAGUCUACUGAUAGUGAGCUUCCAGAGGUUGAUGUGAUUAGGUCCAGCAGAUACUUCUGGUGAAUUUGCUCCUGAGAGCAAACUAGGAGACAUUAGAAAAACCUACCUGUUUGGUGCCCCUUGACAAGACCUCCAUCCAGGUCUUUAUUUGUUUUUCGAGACAGCGUUUCUCUGUAGCUUUGGAGCCUGUCCUGGAACUAGCUCUUGUAGGGAACUAGCUUUUGUAGACCAGGCUGGCCUUGAACUCACAGAGAUCCGCCUGCCUCUGCCUCUUGAGUGCUGGAAUUAAAGGCGUGCGCUACCACUGCUUGGCUCAGCCAGCUGUCUUUGAAGGAAAUUGGUGCCUGCUCUCUAGGUAGCUCCUCAUGUACCGCCAGGUAACUAGCUGGACUGAGUGAGUAAGCUACCGCCCCGGAAAUGACGCGCUGCCCCGCUGGCACUGGCGGCGCGGAAGUAGAGAUGGCGGAGCUUUACGUGAAGCCGGGCAACAAGGAACGCGGCUGGAACGACCCUCCGCAGUUCUCUUACGGGCUGCAGACUCAGACUGGUGGACCCAAACGCACACCCCUUACUAAGAGGGUCGCGGCCCCUCAGGAUGGAUCCCCUAGAGCCCCAACUUCAGAAACUUCUGGACCACCUCCAAUGGGUCAUCCACCUCCUUCAAGUAAGGCUUCCAGGCCUCCACCUAUGGGGACUUGUCCUGCUACUGGUGUGGAGCCCCCAACUUCCCCAGUCACUGAGUCUGAGGCUCUGAUGGAAGAUGUACUGAGACCUCUGGAACAGGCGUUGGAGGACUGCCAUGGCCACACAAAGAAACAGAACUUUUACACCACCAGUGGGAUGCAGCAGAUGACAUUCACCGCUCACUCAUGGUUGAUCAUGUGA